GACAAAUAAUUUUCCGAUGUCCGCGAUCAUGUUUGCCGUCGCGAUCUCGCUGUCCCCGUCGCGUGUUCCCCUUUUUAUUUUUUUCACUUUUUUUCAAUAACAACAAGCGCCGACGAAGUCGAGUUAAUAAUUCCACCCAUGUACGCGUAUCAGCGUGACGACCCUCGGCCGCAGCUUUCGAUCGCUCAGCGGUGAAUCUCCACGGAUAUAUACGCGCACACGCCUCCGCUGGUGCAGUUGCCGUCGCACCGAACGGGAGACAGAUAUAUUUGUCGGACUUUCCCAUUGUUAUUUGACCGCCUGGCCUGACUGUGAUUUGAUCGCCGAGCGAAAUGGGAUCGUUGACGAGCAGGCAGAACGCUGGCGUCGAGGAGGUCGACAUCACUUCGAACCACGCGUACAAAUAUCCUCCGCGAUCUGGAUCCUACUUCGGCAGUCACUUUAUAAUGGGCGGCGAGCGAUUUGACACACCGCAGCCCGAGGCGUAUCUCUUCGGGGAGAAUGCAGAUCUCAAUUUCUUGGGCAGUCGGCCAACUCCCUUUCCGUAUCCACCGCCGCAAGCCAACGAUCCCACGAAGACGUUAAAGAGCUUAGUGAACAUACGCAAGGAGUCUCUGAGGCUGGUGCGCAACAUGGACCAAACUUCGACGUCCUCGCAUUACCACACUGUGGUCAAGCAUUACGGCGACAAUAUUGACAUUGACAAGAAGCCCAAUCGCUUCAACAUUGAAUUUGUGUUCGACUGCGACGUGAGAUGUGCGAUAACGAUUUAUUACUUUUGUACGGAGGAGGUCUCGACGAAGGGAGUCGCAUACAUACCACGGGAUCCGUCUAUGAACUCUGAAACAUAUCAUUACAAGAAAGGAGCGAAUCAAUUAUUCUCACAAACGUCGCAUAUAUUUGAUCCAACGUUGCACAUCGAAGAAGAUCUGAUGUACAACGCCGAUAAGGAGAUUAUCCCAAUAGCUAUACAUUGUGUAGCGGAGGAAGGAUCGGACGAUCUGAAACAAUCUCACACAACCAUAGCGGUGGUUGAAAAACAUUCCGACGGAACGUACGUGUUGAAAGCGCUUAAACAGAAGCUCUACGUGGACGGCCUCUGCUAUUUGGUACAGGAGAUAUAUGGAAUUGAGAAUAAAAAUACUGAAAACUCAAAGCAACAAGGUAGCGAUGAGGACACCGAGGACAACGGCUCCGAAUGCGUAAUUUGCAUGAGCGAGGUACGCGACACGCUAAUUUUGCCGUGCAGACACUUGUGCCUGUGCAACUCGUGCGCCGAUUCGUUGAGAUACCAGGCGAACAACUGUCCGAUAUGUCGCGCGCCGUUCAGGGCGCUUCUGCAAAUUAAAGCUCUCCAGAAGGCGACCGGCACAAUUAUAUCCAAUCCGCCGUUGCCGGAGGGAAGUUGCGAGAACAUCCCAUCGGGCUACGAGGCGGUGUCUCUGAUAGAAGCUUUAAAUGGACCCUAUACUCCACGAACUGCCAUCAUUGCGCCAGAAUCACCGGACACUCCCGAUACAGAUACGGCGAGUGCCAUUCAAGCCGCGGAGACCCUAAAUCGCUCGGCGGAACGUACCCCGGUCUCGAAACACAUAUCCGCGAAAGAAACUGAUAUAUCGGCUAGGACCAGCAGUACCGCUUGUCCGACCCCCGAAUUCCGUAUGUCCGUAUUGUUAUCCAGGGACGAGCACUCGGGUUCUCAAAAGGAGCUGCAUAAUCGAUCUCCAGCUAUGCGAACCAAAUCGGUACAUUCGCGCGAUAAAUCUGGUCUAAGAACGCGCGACACAUUGAGAUUGGUUAACGAGAAACAACCAGCUUCCUUAUACGAGGGACAGGGACAAGAUGAAGACAGCGAAGCGGAAAAGUUAUCGCCACUGUUAGAUGCGGCGACAAGUACCGAAGCUUUAGACGUACAUUCCCAUAGAAUAUGCGACAUUGACAUUGACGACGAGAUUCAAAAUACGGUAAACGAAAAUGAUACGGACACUACUUGUCACUCACACUAGAAAGCGGCCGAGAGUGUAUCCUUUCAGGAUGUUCAUUCAUAUUUUGUAAAGUAAUGUUUAUACGAAGUGUUUUAUUUCGUGUAAUUGUAACAAUUGUGCAUAUCAUUUAUUUAUUCAAGUGCUUUGAACUCCAACCGUACUAAAUUUCUCGCAAUCAUUAAAACGUAAUCUCUUAAAGUUAUACAUUUUAAUUAGCCCAACGUGGAUGCUUUCCAUUUACGUAAUUUUUAACGAGAGAAGAGAACGAAUAACAGAGGAAGAUACAAGUUAGCCGAAGACGAGGUGCAAUAUGAUAAAUGGAAAGCCAUUGUAAUUUAUGAAUAUAAAUAUAGAGAGGUACAAGUUGAUUAUAUAAUUUUAAUUAUAUUGUGUAGAUAUAUCUGUGUAUACACAAGCGUGCAACUACAUUCAGAACAAUAGAGUAUUUAUUUUUAUAAAACGAGAGAAAUUUAUAUAUAAUUUAACAAGUAGGAUUUUGUUUAGGUUUGUUUUUCCUUCUGUAUUCUAUCUUUCAAGGAACUGUAAAGGUGGUCGGAGUCGUGCGAAAGUAGAAAUGAAGAAUCGAAUUGUGUUAUCAAAUGGAAAGUAACCCUAAUCUCACAGUAUAAAAGGUGUUCUAUUCUACAAGUUAACUCUAGUAUAAAUAAGGUACGAAAAGAUUGUUUCUUAAUAAAUGGUCAUACUGUAAUUAUUAGAAUCUCGAGUAAAAUCACACGUAUGUAUGUACACUUUAUCAAAUUAUGAAGACUGGGACGGUACUUUGUAAAAAGAAAACAUUGUAAUAUUGCAUUUUUUUAGAAUUUAGAUAGUAAGAUGUAAUUAUCAAAUUUUUAUUUACACAUGCAAAUUGACAUUAGAUAAUAAAAGUGCUUCCAUUCGGCG